AUGGCUAUCAGUCGUACCUCUUGGCUCUGGGAUCCACCUGAAGGGAUCGUACAGAGAUUCGCACUCAGUCUGUCCAUCUUGCGGUCCAGUAAUUUGAUCGGUCUUAAUGGCGGUGCGCCAGACGUAUCAAUCAAGGUGUCCAACUGUAGCACAAUGGACGAGAAACGACUGGCUAAGAAACAAAAGCUGGAAGAAGAAGCCCGAAAUCCGCCAAAGAAAAAGCCACAACGUUCACGUCGUGCUCGCGCACCUCGAAAAUUCGACUCACGCGAUAAAUUUGAGCCGAUGGACGAGGAAUCCGAGGACAAACCAAUGUCCAGCAAAAUCAAUUACGAGGCAUUGGAAGCUAUUGUGGGUGCCUCGACCACUCAACCAAUCAUCCCUGCCAAUCCAAGUGGUACUGUUACUCCCGGCCCUCUGUUAGCAGCCACUCUUUUGGCGGACGGUCCCGGUCCAAGUGCCACGGCGUCUGUGCCGUCUGAAGCUCCGACCAGUUCGAACACGAAAUCCGGAACACCAAAGACGCAGCGGUCCACCCCGGCAGUACGGUUCGCCGAUCAGCCUGAGGUCCGCGAGGUCCCCAAUCUUCACGAGGCCGUAGCUCAGUCUGCUGUCAGUGUGGAUAAAGAUGGCCUAGAAGGGAACAUCGUAGACCAGGAGGAUGACGCAUUUGAAGAAGAAGAGGAUAUGAUCGAAGAGGACGAGGAAGAAGAUGACGAGGUUUGGCAGGAUGGAAAUGAUCUUUGGUGA